AGAAGUGUCAUAUGUGUAAGUCAUAUUUCAUGUAAAACUAAACUGUUGAGGCAAAAUGAAUUUUAAAAAUUUUAAGGAAAAAAAAAGAAGUAAAGAUUAAUGUGUUUGGUCUUUUACAGGUACCAGUUCACACCCACACCUGAAGAAAUUGAAUCGACCAUAGCCAUGAUGGAAAGUGAUUUGAAAAAAUUGCUGAGAGUUUUGCACCAACUGCGAAAAUCAUAUAGUGAGACUAAUGGUAGACCCAAGAUGGACUAUGUUCGCAUGCCACCACCUGUGAUGAACCCUCAGACAGUUAAUAUUUGCAGCAAACUUGGAAUAGAUGACCCGGUGGCAUUAUUACUCGGCACCAAGAAAAAUUCUAUGUCAUCCCCGAGAGUAACUCCUCCUAGAAGUGGCUUAAACAGUUCUGAAUUAAAUAUCACAUUAGAAUCAUCAAAGCUUUCUGUAACCAAUGUGGACGAGAUUGAAGGCAGUGAUGAUGACACAGGAGAUAUCAUUAUGGAAAUGAGAUUGUCACCUGACCCAGAAGAUAAGCCAACUAACACCAUAGAAGAAGUUGUUAGUCCGAUUAGGGGUGAUAAUAUUCUGCAGGAUGAAGCCACUAAGGGACAACCAGCUUCAAGCUCUCCUAAAAUGCCUGUUCCUCGUCGGGGUUUGAGGCUGUCUGAACCUAAGAUGGAGAUGGAUGGUAGUUCACCUCUUCACUUUAGCAUUGAUUCUUCAUCAGCAUCCUCCUUGAGUGAAGGAGAAUUUAGUCCAUCUCAGAGUCCAGGAACAAAACGAACAAAUGAUGAGAGUGAGAAGGAGGUUUCUCAAGCAUCUGUUUCAUCUUCAUCAGCAAGUAGUGAAGGAAAUAAAACAAAAAACAAAAAAAGAGAGACGAAAUGAAGCCAUAUAUUCAUCCACAGAGGAAGACGGUUAAUAUAAAUGGUAGAUUUGUAAAUGUACAAAGUUGAAGAUUAGGUUGUUUGCAAUGAUUGUAUGAGAAAUUAUUGACAGGGUGAAUGUUGGAAUAAGUUUGACUUUUCAAAUUUCUAAUUUUUAUACUUGAAACUGUGCUUGGAAUUUUAAUUAAUGAAUGCAAUAUAUGUACUAUAUUUGUAAAAUAUACUGUGAUGUGAAUGAAAUGUAUUAUAUGUACAUAAUGUUUGCAUGCUUCGAGUAACAAUUAUGCAAUAGUACAAAGAAUGGGUGACUUUUUUAAGGAGUAUUUCAAGAUUUUGUUAAUUACAUAUAUUUAUUCUUUGUUCUUCAGUAUGUCAACCUUAAUUUCCAAUUGGAAAUAUGCCAGUCAUAUUGGAAAAUUUGUAUUUGCAGUUUUAUACAUCCCUACAGUGUUUUCCAUAAAGUCAAAAAAUAGACAAGAUUAGUUU